CUCCGGAGCCCCCGCCCAGCUGACCGGACCGCUCUCCCCUCUCUGUCCGCCGCCCCGGCGUGCAGGGCCCGGCCGCCGCCAUGUCUGGCCCCUACGAGCUCUCGGUGCAGGAUCUCAACGACCUGCUCUCGGACGGCAGCGGCUGCUACAGCCUCCCGAGCCAGCCCUGCAACGAGGUCACCCCCAGGAUCUACGUGGGCAACGCGUCUGUGGCUCAAGACAUCCCCAAGCUGCAGAAACUGGGCAUCACCCACGUCCUGAACGCUGCUGAGGGCCGGUCCUUCAUGCACGUCAACACCAACGCCAACUUCUAUAAGGACUCCGGCAUCACCUACCUGGGCAUCAAGGCCAACGACACGCAGGAGUUCAACCUUAGCGCCUACUUUGAAAGGGCCGCGGACUUUAUCGACCAGGCCUUGGCUCACAAGAAUGGCCGUGUGCUUGUCCACUGCCGUGAAGGUUACAGCCGCUCCCCAACUCUAGUUAUCGCGUACCUCAUGAUGCGGCAGAAGAUGGACGUCAAGUCUGCCCUGAGCAUCGUGAGGCAGAACCGUGAGAUUGGCCCCAACGACGGUUUCCUGGCUCAGCUGUGCCAGCUCAAUGACAGACUAGUCAAGGAGGGGAAAUUGAAACUCUAGGUACCCCCACUGCCUCCUCUGGAGAGGUUGGACAGGGGGGGCCCUGGUUGAGGCGUCCCAAACUGCCAUGUUUAGGAAACACAAUGUCCCCUGCUCCCAGCAUCACCAGGCACUCACCCACAAAUCUGCCCCAACCAACAUGGCCCUGGGCCUCUUUACCCUGCAGGGAGCAUAUAAAGAAGCUUGCUAUGGAGGACGUUUUUGUUCCCUGGUGUGUCCCAUGCCUGUGGUUUAUGACGUCCCCCACUGGGGCGGGGCUGCAGAGGGAGAUGUGGAACAUGUCUGCUUCCGGGGGGCCCAGGGCAGUAGGUCCGCGGGAGCGGGAGGCCUGAGAUGCUCACAGGGGCCCUCCUGAUCGCCCCACUCCCACCCUGCUCCUGGUCCUCUCCUGAGUGGGGACCGCAGCACCCGAAGCCUUGUAAAGGAACUAUGCAAACUUGAGCCCCUCUCUCCCGCCAUGUCUGUCCCCCGUCUCCUCACAGCCACCCACACUCUGCUCAUAGGCAGAGACAUCCUGAGGUCUGCGGCUGGCGUGGGACAGCCAUCAGUUGUUAGUGGGUGGAAAUGCCCAUGGAGAGACCACAUUUUAAUUAUUUCUUUAGGAUUAAAGACACCUAAACAACCAGGCCCUCAGGGAGGCAAACGGACUCCCCCGGGGGUCUCUCCUGCACCAGAAGUUUCUCAAGCCUUGGAAGGCUUGUGUCCCGAGUCCACUGGAACGUGUCCCUGGACCGCUCUGGUCACUUGGCUUGUCCAGAGAGUGGUGCCUUGGGCAUGGUGUGUUUGUCUUUUUUAGAAAACAGGGUGUUAAAGUCCAGCCUAUUUAAAGCCCCGCCAUUUGGAGAAUUACAAGGGUUUUGUCCUGAAUUAUAGUGUUGGCGAGCCCAGGCUGCUCGUGCCAGCUGCUUUUUGUCUCAGUUGCUAUUCCCAGACCAGGAGGAGGAAGUUGGCCAAUUACAGCGUGUACGUGGGGGUGUGUGUGUCGGGGGGGGGGUGUCUCAGAAACACAGCCAGGGCACAGGGGAGCAGGGAGAUGAACGGUCCCUGGCUCCCUGCCGGCCCACUCACAGGCCUUUCUUACGGCUCUCUGGUGCCAGGAAAGACCCUGGACACCAGGGUCUGAGAAAUGACUCAGCUGGGCCGAAAUGAAACACAUCCAAAUGGAAUCCUUAUUGGUGGGAGAGCAAACAAGCAAACAAACAAACAAAAAGAAGUGACUUUUUUAGGAUAACAUGUGUGCGCACAUUUGUCAGAAUGUAGAAUUUUAUUCUCAACACAGUCUUGUUAGGGCUUUGCAUGAUUGUCGUCAUGGAAAGCGAUACAAUUCUGUCAUCUUCAGGUUCCCUCGUGGCAGAAGGGUGGUCCUCUGCCAUGUCCCCCAAGGCCUAGCACAUAGGUGUCUGAUAAAAGUUUGUGGAAUUAAACUUUUUUUUUUUGGAAGCACCAAAUAUAUGUAGGGCGUUGUUCUGGUGGGUGUGUCAAGCUCCCAGAAUCCCCAGUUUGUGGUAGGAUCCCUUGCAAGGAUUUUUGCAAAGGAGUCUUACCUGAAGUGAAAUAUCAGGGACUUUUGUUAAAUAUUUAAAAUUGUUUGAAGUUUAAACUCAGCCAGUAUUAACACGUGGAAGCACGGACUGUGCCUUUUUCAGCUGAGCGGGAGCUGUGGCCGGGACCAGGAGGAGCAGGUGUGCCUCUGGACUCACAGGCGCGACAGCGUCUCAGUGGGAGCAGCGCCGUGUGGCCCAGCUGGCCCCCCCGUCCUCUGUGACCCCAAACACAGCCCUGCACGCAUCCGGAUCUGUCUUCUUUUUCAGAUACCGGCUGCCCAGAGAGAGCCACCUGAGUGAGAUGGCCAUUCUCUACACUGUACCUCACAGUUUUCAGGUUGCCCCCCACUCAGUCUGACUUGAUCCUGGCGGUGACCCUCAUUGGUAGAGAUUCAUGUCCUGUUCCCUUAAAAAAAAAAAAAAAGGAGCUGGGUGGGUUCAGGGUGACUAAGGGCAUGGCCCAGCUCACGGCAGAGUUGGGGCACUAUUUCAGAUUUGUUGCUCCCUGAAGUGGAAUUCUUUCUCUCAUACCACACUUCUCCUCAAGAAGUGAGCCUCCUGGGAGUGACCAGGUGCACUGCACCUGCCCUUGACCCAGCCCGUGUGCACAAGGGCCACUUAGCUUUGUGGACAGAGGACAAUGAUUCGAGCUGUGGUGCCAAGGGAAGAUCUGGAUGAGGGCGGGAUGGAGCUGGCACAGGAAGAGGAAGUAAAUGAUUGGGUCAGACAAGUGGCUCUUCUCCCAGGAAACGUGUAGCAUCCCCAGGUCUCAGCUUUCGGCUGUACUUCUGGAAGAGGCUCAGAAUGUGGGUCUGGGGCUCCCCUCCCACACCCAGGCAGGGGUCACCCCACAGGAUCGCCACAGCUAUUUGGGAGCUCUGCUGGAAGGCCUGGUUGUGGGGGGUAUGAGGGAGAAGAGGUAAGUGGGAGAAUUACUGCUUUCACUUUGGGACAACUUUUAUGCCAACGACUUGGGAUUUCUCCGUAGUCUGUAUUCUCAGAAACCCCAUACUUACGAGAUUAGCCUCCCGUCCUUUGAGGAAAUGAAUUCUAUUGUGUAAGGGUCAACACACGCCCAGCGCUGAGUGGAAGCUGUUUCCGGACAGCUUUUUGCCCCUGGGAAGUGAUGAAAUAGGAACUCAGGGUGCCCUCACUCCCUCCCGUGACCUGGUUGGUUCCUUUCCUUGACUAGCAGACCCCCUCCCCAAAUUAGAGCGCCAAGCGAUUCUUCUCUAUUGUAAAGCAGUGCACACACCACGGGCUGGUCUGUCCCCCUGCCCUCCGAGUUAUCCAGGGAGCAGAAUUCACCAUGUACCAAACAGGGCCUCUGAAGUCCCUUUGGCCCUGACACUGUAGGGUCCUCGGAGUCUCCUCUUGUCACCGACCACCACCUGGAAAUCAGAGGGGAUGUAACUACACAAUUGCCCGCAGGUGGCGCUGUGUUCCCUGGGGGUGAUGGAUGAUUGGGAAAUGAAUGUUGGUGCCUUUUGCGUCACAAGUUAAUGUUAAGAUGCUAAUGUUUUAAUCAAAAUAAGCACUCAUAAUCAAGAUAUAAGCUUUACUCACAGGAAAUUUUCUGUCAUAAAAACAGUGUCAAGUACCACAAAAGAGCCUACAAGGAUGGUCCUUCCAAGUCAAGAUUUUAUCCUGAUUGGAAACAGGCCGUCUCCGGUUGUGAGAAUGGAUUGGUUGGAAGCAUAACUUACCUCCUGUCAGCUUUUAGGGUAAUUUGAUUGUGAAAGUGUGAAUUUUCUGGACAGAGAAUGGGAAGGUAUUAAAAAUUUUUUAAAAUAGGUUUAACGUCUGUUAUAUCACAAAUCAGUGUUAAAAUACUAAUUCUGUAACCACAAUAAAUGUCCUAUGUUACCAAGAAA